GCCUGCAUUAAAUUUUGAAAUUCAUUUAAUCGCGUGAGUCUGCCAAAAUCACAAACCUAAUUUAAAAAAUGAAGAUAAUUUUUGCCGGUGCGCUUAUAGUCUGUGGUUGUUUCACAACUGUUAAAGCAAACGAUGUGUGCCUUAACGAGACAGAAUAUGAUUUUUACAUGUUAGGGAACCUUGUUAAUGAUGUUGAGAAAAGGAUAAAGUCUUUGAGAGAUAAUGUCAAAGAAGUGAUAAAAAAGAAAUGUCCCGCGGCGCCAUGUCCUGACAGCUCAUGCGGUGACGAAUGGGUUUCCUACAACAUCUCUUGCUACUAUUUUGGGGAUAUUAAAACUGCAACAUUUGAAGAAGCAAGGCAAUUCUGCAAGCAAAAUGCUGCUCAUCUUUUGCACGUUGAAGAUAAUGCAGAAAACUCCUUCAUUCUCAGAAUGCUCGGUCGUUUUAAAUCAAGCAACAGUUGGUUUAAUGGAUUAACCGACCAAAGUAUAGAAGGAAAUUGGAAAUGGAUAGACACAAAUGCACCGGCAAGAUUUAUUAAAUGGGCACCCGGUCAGCCAGAGGGACGCACUGUUGAAAAUUGCGUUAUUUUUUAUCAAAAUGAUAAUUAUCAGUGGCAUGACGCACCAUUUGCAAGAAAAUAUUCAUUUAUUUGCAAAAAAGGAAAAUCUCUGUGAAUGUUGAAUGAGUCUACAAACAUUGACGCUGGCUAUUCAUAAAUAUAACAUACAAAUGUACUUUAAAUAGCUAGAAAUGUGAACGUCUAUAGGUUGUUUUGUGUGCGUGUUUUUAUGUACAUAAUAAAAUUAGUUGCUGUAUAUACUUUUCUAUAAACAUUAUCUUUGUUAUACUACGGACAUCAAAUGUACUCAAUAUUAGGUGUGGCAAUCUUUUUUUCCCCUCAAAUUUUGCUGGAUAAUAAAUGCGAACUCUUAUUUACAAAAAUAUUUAACGAGUCUGAUUUAUGUACAUAAUUCAUACAUUUUUUGUUGAAAUACGAGCGUCUAAUUUGUUAGUGACUUCUUAAAAUAGAGUUAGUUCGAGGUACCACUUGCAAUAUGAUUGGUAUUUGAAGUAUUUCUGUUUCCUCCUCAGACUUUUGUUCACACAGUUUACGUUUCCUGUAUGUGUCAUGCUCUUGCAAUAUGUUUAAAAAACAAUCUGUAUGAAGUAUUUUUAUUUCGAUUCUCGGGCAAGGCAAUAUUUCUCCGUCACAAAUAAUCUCAGAUAUUAAGUCUGGUAGUCUCUCAUCGCUGACUCAAAAAUGAUGGGGGAUUAAUAAUCCAUUACUUCUGGAUU